GGCGGCGGCGGCGGCGAAGCCCCCUCCCCGGGGAGGCGGGGCCCGGACGAGCUCCCCGGCGCGGGGGCGGCGGCGCAGGGAAGGAUGCACCAGAAGCUGCUGAAGAGCGCGCACUACAUCGAGCUGGGCAGCUACCAGUACUGGCCGGUCCUGGUGCCCCGCGGCAUCCGCCUCUACACCUACGAGCAGAUCCCCGUGUCGCUCAAGGACAACCCGUACAUCACCGACGGCUACCGGGCCUACCUGCCCUCCAGGCUGUGUAUCAAAAGUUUGUUUAUUUUAUCGAAUGAGACCGUAAACAUCUGGAGUCAUUUGCUGGGUUUUUUCCUCUUCUUUACUCUGGGAAUAUAUGACAUGACAUCAGUAUUACCUUCGGCAAGCGCGUCCAGAGAAGAUUUUGUCAUUUGUUCUAUUUGUCUUUUCUGCUUCCAGGUCUGUAUGCUUUGCUCUGUGGGCUAUCAUCUUUUUUCCUGCCAUCGAUCAGAAAAAACCUGUCGAAGAUGGAUGGCAUUAGAUUAUGCAGGAAUUUCUAUUGGAAUACUGGGAUGCUACGUCUCUGGGGUGUUCUAUGCAUUUUAUUGUAAUAACUACUGGCGUCAGGUGUACCUGGUCACGGCGCUCGCCAUGAUCCUGGCCGUGUUCUUCGCACAGACCCACCCCAGUUACCUCACGCAGCAGUGGCAGAGGCUGCGCUCUGUCAUCUUCUGUUCCGUUUCGGGGUAUGGAGUGAUCCCUACGCUUCACUGGGUUUGGCUCAAUGGAGGCUUCGGGGCUCCUAUUGUACAGGACUUUGCACCCCGUGUGGUUGUGAUGUAUGUGAUCGCUCUUCUGGCUUUCCUGUUCUACAUCUCCAAAGUUCCAGAGCGGUACUUCCCAGGACAACUAAACUACCUCGGGUCAAGCCACCAGAUCUGGCACGUCCUGGCCGUCGUGAUGUUAUACUGGUGGCAUCAGUCUACGGUGUACGUCAUGCGGUACAGACACAGCAGGCCGUGCCCGGACUAUGCUUCACGUUUGUGAAUGCAGGAAUGGCCGCCUGCUGUAUACAGUUGAAUCAGGAGUGAAGACUCAGGGAAUCUCUGUCCCAUCCGUUGGCAUCCUGCCCGAACAGAGUAACCGAUUUGAAGAUCGUGACCGACUG